AUGCCUGGGCCAAAGGAGCCAAAAACUGACGAAAUCAAUAACUACUUAAGACCAUUGGUGGAUGAAUUAUUGCAGCUGUAUUUUGGAAUACAUGUACCCACUUACAAACACCCAGCAGGCACCUGGAUUUGUACAGCAUUAUUAAUGAUAGCAUGUGACAUUCCUGCAGCAAGAAAGACCAGUGGAUUCACUGCACACAAUAGCACGCAUGCAUGUUACAAAUGUAACAAACAAUUCCCUUGCCUGAAAGGCAGUUCUGCUUCGCAGUUGUAUCGUCUUGGAUACUUUAAUCUAGUACGUGGAACAAUCAUUGAUCCCAUGCAUAAUCUUUUCCUGGGAACGGCAAAAAGAAUGGUUGAAAAAUGGAUUAAAGAAAAUAACAUAUCACCAGCAGCUUUGGCCACAAUGCAAAAAACGUCAGAAUCAAUGGUGCUGUCAGCCAAUUACACAAUUUUGAGAUCCAAAAUUGGGAAGGCUCUCUUGAAGAAUAUUCUGCCGCAACACAAGUUGAAGAACUGGAUAGAUUUUGUAAAUGCAUGCCAUCUUCUUGUAAAGCCAUCAAUUACCAUGUCUGAAAUCAACAAAGCUCACGACUAUCUGCAGAGUUUCUGUCAGCAAUGCCUAGUGAUAUAUAAACCUGGUUUUCUCACCUGCAACAUGCACCUGCACCUUCAUCUUCAUGAGACUAUCAACGAUUUUCGACCAGUGUAUGACGGAUUUGAGGCUACAUAUAUGAAAACAUUCAUUAAUGAUGCAUAUAAGGGUGGUUACAUGCGAAAGGUCUUGACAUGCCCUAGCCUAGUCCCCUUUAUUCCACUCCUUCAAAAACUUACUUCUUCUGCCACAACUACUGCCAACUAUGAUUCCUAUGUCUCCUAUGCCCCCCUUUCACGCCAAAAUUUCCAAUUGCAACAAUUUGUUAACAUAUUCUUAUGCCUAUCACCUUUAACGAAAGGCAACGAACCACUUCCUCCAUCAUCCUUCCCAUUAUGUUCCUUAAACGCAUCAACAAUGAGUGAUAUUGAUUAUCCUCAAUUACUUCAUUUUUAUCAGCUUGUAUAUGCCAAUCCUGAUAUUGUUAGUUACCACAAUGCUUCCUUAUGCCCUUAUUUUGUUGAUAAUCAAAUCACAAAAUUAAAAUCAAUCAAUCUCCUUGGCCAAAUAUAUAAAGGCAAAAACAGUUCUGGAAAUUGUGGGUCUUUUGUACAAGCAAUGUUUCUUGGCAGCAACAACAUAACUAAAACCGCAUUGACGGGACAAAUUCAGUACUUGUUCAUUCAUUCAUUUACACCCCCACCACAUCCGAACUCUCCUGUAUCCCAAGUCCAUCAAAAAAAACACAUCUUUGCAUAUAUUCGAUGGUUAUCAAUUACAGCUGAUAAAAGGCGCAAAACUGAAAGCAUUGAUGUCUACUUGCCAAACUUCAUGCCAGACAAUUACCAUAGCAUUCUGCCAGUACAUCGCAUUGACAUGGAAGUUGCAACUGCUACUAGAAAAGCAAGAAAUAAUAUCAAAAAAACCACUCAAAAACAAAAAGGAAAUUCCAAAGAUGAGUAA